UCUGACACGUGGGUAUGGUGAAAGUUAUGUUGCUUCAUCAUGACAGCUACUGAUCCAUCGUUUCAGAACCACUCUUAAGCAGAUGGCCGUCCAAGUGCAUAACAAAGAUAAGCCGCAUCCCAUUAUUUCAUUCCCAACCUCAACAGCCCAUCGUCUUUAUUUCUUGCUAUUACGAAAGCCAUAGAUGUCAAAUGGCCCGGAUAACAGACAGAAUAUAAAAAUGACAUAUUAAGGGAGUCUCUACUGUUCAAGACGAAACCACUUACCAGAUUUGAAAAUUUGAGAGAUUUCUAUUGAAGUGAAAGAGAGAGACUGUGCAAAAUGCUUGAGCCAUACAAUCAACCAAUGGACACCUUCCUUUCCCGGAAAUUGGAAGAGAGAUGGAAUGACAUUUUAAGGAAUGACGUCGACAUUCAGAGUCCUCAGAAACCCUCUUUCUUUAAGAGUCUCAAAGAUGGUGGCCAUUUAAAAUGCCUACUUCUGACUUUAUUGAUCUUUGGUUGCGUAGCAGUCAUCGUGUGGUGCCGAGUUGCCCAAAUUAGUCGACUCGUCGUCAAUUUCCAUCAUUUCCCCGUCAGUAGUAGGCAGAAGACAAGUCCUUGCGACGAGGGUUAUGUCUACAUUCCAGUUGCUUUCAUGAUUAUGCUGUAUUUGGUAUACUUGGUAGAAUGCUGGCACAGUUCGACAAGAUUGGAAUUGACAUACAAAGUGGAUGGCAAUGAUAUUCAACAGUAUAUAGAGCGAAUGAAGGAAUCCAAAGCUAUCAUAUGGUGGAAGGCUAUCUCAUACCACUACGUCAGACGCACCAGACAAGUUACACGAUACAGAAAUGGAGACGCCUACACUACUUCGCAACAAUAUCUUGAAAGGGUGAAUUCUCGAGUAGCUGCUUCUUGCUACGUAUACACCCACUGUGGAUCAAGAGAUGUAUCAAACAAAUUGAUUGAUUUGGAAAAAAAUCCCCGAACAAAAAUACGCUUUUCUAAGGAUUAUUGCUUUGCAUCGAUUGACGCAGCAAUUGACUAUUACGGACAAAGAGACAGAUUUUACAGGGAAAACGCACCUUUCGAUGAACACAUGGAAAUUAGGGAAGGAGUAGAUUUGCUAGGAGUAGAUUUUCACCCUUUGAUGAUCACAGUAGCCAACAAGGAUAAGUUGCCCUGGUAUAUAUCCUUGGGAAUAUUUUGGCUAUUUUCGCUUUUCCUUUUGUCCUGGCCAUUACGUAUAAUUAUCGACAGCCAAACAGCAUUCGUCGAAUACAAGAUAAAGAAAGCUUUCGGUACCUGCUCACCAUCCAGUCUGCGAGAGGAACAGUUACAUCGGAUCCGUACAGUUGACAGCGUUGAAAUGGAGCGUUUGAUUGCAAACCGCUUGAACCUGGCACCUAGUUACUCAGAAGCAGUUCUGCUCGACAACAGCUAUGCUUACUCUUCACUUGAAUCUGGGCUUCAUUUGGACAAUCAAACACCAUCCAACCAUCGCCAUCAACGUCGUCAUUCAUCAAGUAGAGCAGAAGACACAGAGUUUAUCCUUCCAGAACAAAGAAGAAUACCCAAAUCCAUCAGCCUACCAUUCAAACCCUUCCAAGAAAUGCGCAGACUCAGCAUGAGCCGUCGUCUGAUUCCACCACGCUCAUCAAGAGAAACUCCACCUUGUUAUGAUGAGGCUGUUAUGUACAGCUAUCCUCUCGUUCGCUAUGUGAAUCUGAGAAGAUCAGCAACUGAUCGAGAUUUGUCCGUUUUACGUCCACUGAGAUCUUCAUGGAAUAACUUGUUUCACUGGAUGAAACGAACCAAUGAAACUGAAUUGUGAUCGUAUUUUGUUAUUGAUGUUAUCAACUCUUCUUUUCACCCGCUUUGUGUCAUGCAUGUCCUGCACUGUUUUAUUUUCUGCAUGAA